AUGGAGGGGCAGAUCGAGACCAAGGGGGACCGCGACGUGGGUCCGCCGGUUACUCGCGAGGAUGAUGAGUCCAGCGAGGUACCGACGAUUUUAGAGGAGAAGAUGGAGCGCACGCUGGUUAGGAAGAUCGAUAUGAAUAUCCUGCCGGUUGUCGUGUUGUUAUAUUUGUUUAGCUUUCUCGAUCGAGUGAAUAUCGGAAAUGCGCGUUUGUAUGGCCUGGAAGAGGACCUUGGCUUGGUUGGAGAUCAGUACCAAAUCGCGGUUUCGAUCCUCUUUGUUACCUACUGCUUCUUUGAGGUUCCUUCAAAUCUAGUCCUUAAGAAAUUGAGGCCAUCACGGUAUAUCGCUGCCAUAUCCGUUAUCUGGGGUAUCAUUGCAACUCUCACUGGCAUUGUUCAAAAUUACCACGGCCUCAUUGCCUGCCGGGUCCUGCUUGGCGUUGUCGAGGCAGGCCUCUUUCCGGGUUUCAUUACCUAUCUCACCCUUUUCUACAGCAAGCGUGAACUUGCUGUGAGAACAGCGUAUCUUUUCAGCAGCGCUGCGAUUGCCGGGGCCUGUGGUGGACUCCUCGCUUACGGAAUCGGAUUCAUGGAUGGCAUCAGUGGACUGCGUGGCUGGCGAUGGAUCAUGAUCAUCGAAGGAAUCCCAACUGUCAUCUUGGGCGUCGCAACUUGGUUUUUUCUGGCAGAUGACCCCGAUACUGCCUGGUAUCUGAACGAAGAAGAACGCGCACUCGUCGCGCGCCGUCGGAGUCGGUACAUCGGACAGACUGAAUCUGCACAAAAGUUCCACUGGGCAGAUGUCAAAGAAGGGGCUCUCGACUGGAAAAUCUAUGCGUUCUGCAUCGGUCAAUUUGGUGUUGAUACAAUGCUCUACGGGUACAGCACAUUUUUGCCGAGUAUCAUCGAGGGAAUGGGGAACUGGUCGGUUCCUCAAGUGCAGGCUUUGACCAUCCCUUGUUACGCAGUGGGUGCAAUCGCUUAUCUGGUCACUGCUUGGAUCAGUGAUCGAACUCAGCAUCGUGCAUUAUUCGUCUGUCUAUUCAGUGCGAUUUCUGUGGUCGGGUAUGGUAUCCUGAUCUCGGACUCUUCGUCUGGAGUUCAUUAUUUUGGUGCCUUGAUGGUUGCCCUGGGCCUUUACGUUGCUGUCGGCCUUCCACUUGCCUGGCUCCCUACGAAUCUACCUCGAUAUGGAAAGCGCACUUUUGCCACGGGUCUGCAACUCACGUUCGGAAAUAUCAGUGGUGUUAUGUCUCCCUUUUUGUACAAGACUUCAGAAGCGCCCCGAUAUGUUCGAGGAAAUGCUGUCACGCUUGGCUUGGUGGGCUUCGCUGGCAUUGUAUAUGGUGUUAUGUGGUUUUGUCUUCGUGUCAUAAACAAGCGACGGGCACAGGGCCUCGAGGACGAAAAGAUUGCCUCGAUGUCGGAGGCAGAUAUCCAAGAACUCGGCGAUCGGAAUCCCCGGUUCCGCUACAGCACUUGA